AUGGGAGAAGAAGAAGGGGCGGCGCCGCCCAUCAUCGUCCUUAAGGUUGAUAUGCACUGCAAUGAAUGCGCUCUGAAGAUCAAGAAAUGCGUCAAAAAAUUUGAAGGAGUGGAGGGAGUGAUGAUCGAUAAGGCAAGCAAUAAAUUGACUGUAUUAGGGAAGUUGGACCCACGUACUCUUCGGGAUCGUGUAACAACAAAAAUUCAUAGAGAGGUUGAGAUUGUCUCGCCGGUGAAUUCAGUACCGAAAAAGAUGGCCGCCGCCGCCCCCGGAGGAGGCGGCGGUGGCUUUUGCUGGUUUGGAUGGAAGAAGCCGCCCGCCGCCGCCGCUGCUCCCGCCGAUGAGUUAAAGGACCAGGCGGCUGUAACGGUGGUGCUGAAGACACGUCUAGACUGCUAUGGCUGCAUUAAGAGUGUGAAGAAGAUUCUUCUUGAGGUUGAAGGGGUAAAAAAGGUAUAUGUUGAUGCUGAAAGGGAGUUGGUGACUGUUGAGGGGACAAUGGAUGUGAAUUCACUGCCGGUGCACGUGAAGCGCAAGCUCAAACGUAGCGCUGAGAUUGUUUCAAUGAAGAUCGAUGACGACGACAACAACAAUCAUAUGAACAACGUUGAAGAUGAGAAGACGAAGGAGGAUGGAAAUGGCGGUGACGGCGGUGGCGAGAGGAUGGACAGAGAGGGCGGUGGCGAUGAUGAGGUAUUGAAAGUAGAGAGAGUUGGCAGGCGAGAGAGAAUGAAGGAGAAGUUCGGAGGUGGGUGGGGAAGUGAGGAGAAGAAGGAGAUGGAGGGAUUCACCAACAACGAGAGAAUGAAGGAGAAGGUGAGAGGUGGCGGUGCAUGUGGUGAGAUGAAAGUAGAGAGAUUCAGUAAUGGCGAGAGAAUGAAGGAGAAAGUGGGAGGUGGCGGUGUAUGGGGUGAGAAGAAGAACGAGAUGGAGGGCAAUGAAGAGGGUGAGAUGAAAGCUGUGAGGUCAGAGAGAGAAUGA